CCCCGUCCAGUUUCGCAUAUCCUUUCUUAAACCCUUUCUGUUUUAUAAAUUCCUAUCAUGGGCUCAAAAGCGAACCCAAAGUUUUCACUGAAUUUGUAAUGUUCUGCAACUUUUUUUUUUUUUUUCACUAAUGUAUCUUGGACAUUUCUUUAUUUUUAGCACAUAAUUUUCCAAUUAAUGGCAGCCUACCAUCCCAUUCCCUGAUAGAGUUCUCUGCUAUGCAUUUUUCCUAUUAAUAGUUGCAUCAUACUCCAUUCCACAAUAUUCCAGGCGUACUGGUGUGUUUAUUUAUUUUUUAAAGAUUUAUUUAUUUGUGCAUGUAAGAGCUGGGGUGUAGGCCAGAGGUGCGGGAGGGUGAGAGGAUUCAUCAGAAUAGGCAGAUCCGCUGAAAUACACUGCCAAGGGGAGCAGCGGUAGAAAUGUUAUAGGACAGGGAGAGGGGCAGCCCAAAACCCCGCAAACCUGCCUAUUCUAAAUGGGUUCUGCCAUCCGCCGCAUCAACACAAAACAUAUGAGACUUUAAUGGGAAGGAACUUUAAUUAAACUAGGAAACAACACAGGUACAAAGAACAGUGAUCAUCAUAUAAGUGUAAACCAAGGCAAAGAAAAUGCUUUUUAUUUUAGCCUGAACACAUAUAUAGACACUUCUGUUUUAGUAUGAGGAAGGGAAGAGGAAGGACAAGCCGGAUCAGAAGGAAACGCUGCCUAAAUUCCAACUCCAGAGGAGUGACCGAGAGCUAUAAGCCGGAAUUUGUAGCGCUGAAGAAGUGGCUGAAAGAUAGGAAGUUUGAAGAUACAAACCUAAUUCCUGCUCGUUUUCCAGUGUGUCAGGGGGAGCCUGCUGUGUGCUCACAGCUGCACCAGUCCUGUGAUCUGAAGUGGAUGAGCGUUCUCUUCUGGACGCUGAGAAGCUGCUUGUGGCUUAACAUCUUUUUCCUGAAAAGUACAGGAAGAGGGCUGAUGAGCAGAACCUCCCUGCGGGAGGGGCAGAUGGUGAUUUCGUUGCCUGAGAGCUGCCUGCUUACCACGGACACGGUGAUGAGAAGCUCCUUAGGGGCCUACCUCGCCAAGUGGCAGCCUCCUCCGUCUCCUCUUCUGGCUCUCUGCACCUUUUUAGUUUCAGAAAGGCAUGCCGGGGACCGCUCUCUCUGGAAGCCUUACCUGGACAUUUUGCCGAAGGCCUACACCUGCCCCGUGUGCUGGGAGCCGCAAGUGGUGAGCCUCCUGCCCGCGCCUCUGAGAGCCGGGGCGGAAGAGCAGCGAGCCCGUGUGCAGCGGCUCUUCACUUCCUCCAGAGACUUCUUCUUCUCGCUGCAGCCUCUGUUUGCAGAGGCGGUGGAGGGCAUCUUCAGCUACCGCGCCCUCCGGUGGGCCUGGUGCACGGUCAACACCCGAGCCGUGUACGUGAAGCACAGGCAGAGGCCCGGCUGCUCCGCAGAGCCAGACACCUGUGCGCUCGCCCCGUAUCUGGAUCUGCUGAACCACAGCCCGCACGCCCAGGUAAAAGCAGCAUUUAAUGAGGAAACGCGCUGCUAUGAAAUCAGGACGGGCUCUCGCCGUAGGAAGCACGAGGAGGUGUUCAUCUGCUACGGCCCCCACGACAGCCGGCGGCUGCUCCUGGAGUACGGCUUUGUCUCCACCCCCAACCCUCACGCCGGCGUCAGUGUCACAGAAGAUGUGCUUGUUAGAUAUCUUCCAUCAAAAGAUGAACAGAUGAACAAGAAGAUUUCCAUUUUAAAGGAUCAUGACCUUAUAGAAAAUCUGACCUUCGGGUGGGAGGGGCCGUCCUGGAGGCUCCUCACGGCCCUGAAGCUGCUUUGUCUGGAGGCGGGAGAAUUUACGUGCUGGAAAAAAGUACUUCUUGGGGAAGUGAUUUCAAAUACAAAUGAGAAGGCGAGUUUGGACAUAGCCCAGAAAAUAUGCCACUGUUUUACAGAGGAGACUCAUGCUAUGCUUAAAAAGAUUUCUGAUAUGAAAAGUGAAGAAGGCGCUUUGAUAAACCAACUAACUUUGGUGGAAACGUUGUGGACGGAAGAGCUGCAGAUCCUGCAGGCGUCUGCCGAGACCCUGAACGAUUUGCAAAGAGCUUUUAGGUGACCUCACCCUGGCGUGUUGUCCAGUUCCUGUGGUGGGCGUGACCCCGCACACAUUCUGAGCCUCCGGAGACGUUUUUGAACUAAGCUUUAUUUUAUGUGGACUCAUAUACAGUCGGCAAGCAGUUUCUAUUAAACAGUCACACACUGAAUCCUUUGCCUUUUGCUUUUCCUAAAAACCCUGAACAUGGAGAGUGUGUUGGGGGUGCUCUCAGGACACAGCAGGAUCUCUGUGGGAGAGCAGGUCCUGGGGCUCCAUAGCUGUGUGUGUGUUGGGGGCUUGGGGGAGGCACUGCAGCCCAUGGCGCUUUACUCUCACAAUGAACCUCGGCCCCCAAGAGGGAGCACCUGGCCUGUGGGCCCUGUUGCUUGUCGGACUCAGGAGCUGUAAAGGGCACCUCCUCUAAGUGCUCUGGUACUGUCAGGUUUAGGGGCACGUGGGUGGUAGGUGGGGAUCCUGGAAGGGGUGCACGGCAGGCCUGGGUCCCAGCCACUCACUGGACUUCAUAUUCAGCUGCUCUGAACUGGUGUGAGUCACUUCAGUUUUCAUCCCUGUUGUCCAGAGGGGCGGGCCCUAGAGCUGCAGCCCUCACUCCCCGACUCAGUGGCGGGCCAGGAGUUGUGGGACCCGCAGGGCAGGUGGGCUAAAAAGCCCCCUCUUGCUUUUGUGGCCCAACUUGAUCCCUGGCACUGCAGGAAAGGAGACACGAGGAGAAACGUGGGUGAGUCAUGUGGAGGCUGACAGUGGCGGCCAUUAGCCCCAUGAGGUAUCUCCUUUUGGCUUAGCUUUGUGGGACCUGCUUCAGAACCCCUCUCCUAUGGGUCCCCAUCAGAGGUGCCACAGACUGAGGCAAGCUUUUGUUCCUCAGUGGCCCUGCUUUGGGCCUACCCUCUUUGGCAGGGCAUUUGCCCAUGAGGGGAUGGGUCAUUUGGGAUGUUUUGUUGUGAAAAAUAGUCCUUUCUUUCUGCACUUUAUUAAAAUUCUU